AAUAACUCCUGGCGGCGCCGGAAUCUUGACUGGAGAAACCGUGCUUUACCUUUCCGAUUGCUUUGUUUCAACGUGUUGAUUUAGUCAGAUCUAGUAUUUACCGCCAGCAUUAUCUUUAUUGUUAUCCGCAGAGGAGGAGGGGGACUGAGGAGAAACAAAGCACCAUUUGCAGUAGUAAGAGAGUCUAAUAUUGGCACACAGGGCAGCUGACAGGCUGACUUCUGUAAUUAUAGCACUGUCUGGUGCAGGGCAAAUAUUUCACGGGCAUUGGUUGGCAUUCCGCUUUCCAAAAGACGCAGGGACGCUGCGAGGGAGAGGGAGCGAGGGAGAAAAGCGCAAGAGAGGGAGAGAGAGAGAGAGAUCCAUAUGUUAGCAGCAGAUACACGAGGUAGAAGUGUAGAUAACAUCACAUCAUGUUCCGGUUCAUGCUCGGAUUCCACCUUCAGCUUCUUUUCUGCUGUGUGUUGUCCCUGUCUUCUCCCAUGGACAACAUUCUUUCCUUCCAAACAGCUGUGAAAUCCCUGGAUCAGAAUAAGAAAUUCAACCCAUGCUGUCUGCUGACUCCGCCUCCUCCUCCACUGUUCCCGCCUCCCCCUGCGCUCUGGAAGAGACACAGUCAUAAUGAGGACACCAGGGAAAAUGAAGGAGACACGAUGGUGCAACCAGAAAAACCUAAGCUUCCCUCUUGUGUCCCGGGUCCCCGUGGCCCCUCUGGACCCCCUGGCCCUCAGGGUCCACCUGGAAUCCCAGGACUGCAGGGACCAAAGGGAGAAAAGGGUGAAAUUGGAAGACCUGGAGCAAAGGGUCGUACUGGGCCACCAGGUCUCCCUGGACGACAGGGACCAGCUGGCUGGCCAGGACCAAGUGGACCCAAAGGAGAGAAGGGAGACCCAGGACUCAUGGGUCUACCUGGAGCAAGAGGACCAAUGGGGCCAAAGGGUUUGCCUGGAUACAAAGGAGAAAAGGGGUCUCGAGGUGACCGGGGGGAGAUUGGGCUCAAGGGUGAAAAGGGUUCAAUGGGACUCCCUGGAAUGUUGGGACAAAAGGGUGAAAUGGGUCCAAAGGGUGAGCCCGGCGUCCCAGGAAACAGGGGACCUACCGGCCGACCUGGAAAGAGGGGUAAACAGGGAAUGAAAGGCGAUCCUGGGAUCCCUGGUGCUAUGGGUCCUGCAGGCCCUCCAGGUCCCACUGGCCACCCGGGUCCACCAGGCAUGCCAGCCUCAGGACUGUUUAUGGUUGGACAGAAGGGGGAGAGGGGGCUUCCUGGAACCCCUGGUCGAUGCAACUGCAACUCCCCCAUGAGUGUCAACAGCCCUCCUUAUGAUGAACACUCAUCAAGGAGCAAUUAUGCCAAGGUGCCCGUGAUAUUUGUUGUAAACAGUGAAGAGGAACUGGAUCGUCUUCACACUGACAAUGCUCUGGCUUUCCGAAAAGAUCAGAGGUCACUUUAUUUCAAGGACAAUGCAGGAUGGCUGCCCAUCCAGGCUCUCUCGUUCCAGCUGACGCCCUUCCAGUCCAUGGAGAACGCGCCGGACCUGGAGGGCUUCUGUGGCGACGGCAUUGUUCAGGCCCACAACGGAGAGGAGUGUGACGAUGGAAACAAGGUGGUGACCGACAGCUGCGUCAAGUGUAAAGAUGCGUAUUGCGGGGACGGCUACCGCCAUGAAGGAGUGGAGGAGUGUGACGGAAAGGAUUUUGGCUAUCAGACAUGCAAGUCAUAUCUCCCAGGGUCCUAUGGCCAGCUCAAGUGCACGUCGCACUGUUUCAUAGACUCCACAAACUGCAAGUACUUCACAUGAGGGAAAGACAGCAGAAUCUACUGGAUCCUACAGUCUCAUUUGCCUGGUACUUAACGGGACUGAGGCAAUACAAGAACACUGCGAAUGAAACAGGAUAAGAAAGGACAACCGAUUCAUCAAUGUAUAAACCAUGAGCAUAAUCUCCUCUGUAUGAUUGCUGCUGGGAGGGCAUGUAGCUGACGGCAGAACUUUUUCACCCAAUCACAGGAAAAAACGCACAGGACCACGGUACUUCUGUCUUAAUAAUAACUCAGCUAGGGCUUCACCAGCUCUGCUCGCUCCACCCGCUCACUCUCUGGAGCUUGGCCGCUGGGCCGAGGACAAGUCCCUGUGGGAGGGGGCGUGUCCCAGGACACGAGAGAGCCAACCACGACAGGAGACUGGUGGAGGCAGAGUAACAUUACCUCGACUUAGGACUGUUAAAGAGAAUAUUCAGGUCUUUGGGGGAUUUCAGAUCGUCCGUCAUCAAGGGUGCUGUGUAUUUAAAUACAAUGUGAAUGAAUUAAUAUAGCAUUUGCAUGAGACUGAGCAUCAUGUAUCCAAGGCAACAGAAGUUACCACCAAGGCAUGUAACCACGACAAUAGGCCUGUUACCAUAAGCUAUGUAUAGUCAUAUAGAUUAAGUAGACUUUUUCCACAUUUGUGUUCAGGGUCAUAUGUACAAUAAUUCUUUGAACCAGGAUUUAGGUAUUGCAACCCUCUUAAUGAAUUUGGAUAGGAUGGCAUUAUUCAUGAAGUUAUACUGGCAUUUUUAAAUGGGACAACAAAGCAGAUAAACAAGGAGAUGGGCUGCGAAAACGUAAGUAAAGCAAAAUGGCCCAUCCAGCCCCAUCUCCAUCAAGAGUAAAAGGAAAUGUGGUAUGGGUUUGUGAUACCUCUUCUUUCGGGCAUUCACGGGUCAGCUGCAGAGGUGCUGCAUUGAUCAGGAUUAAGGAUUGUGUGACAUUGUCUACAGAAUCUCAGGAAACCAAACACGAAGGCUGUUAUCACCACACCAUAAUGUAUAAUACAUUCAUAAUAUGAUAAUAUGAUAGAAUAUGAUCUACAAAAUAAUAGGGGCAGGUAGAAUGUCUGUCAGAGGUACAAUCUGGCAGUAUUUCUUCAGUGGAUGCGCUUUGGUGUCAUAUAUUGAAAUACUGUACUACGAGAGAGUCUUUCUGCUUGGCCCUCAUCCAGCGAGGGAGGGAAGCUGAACUCUGGCAUUAUGUUCUUAAUGUACUUAAUUCAUAUUUUCAUUAGUUAAGUGGACAGAACAAGUCUCUAGGCGCUGCUUGUAAAAUGCUGACUACUUUCAGCAGGGGCUUGCAGUUUCCUCAUCUUAAUGGCUCCACGGUGACUGCUGAGUUACUGCACAGCCUGCCUCCGUCGCUCAGCUCCCCUCUUUGCUUUUGGAGCUCGUCCUUGACAUACCUCAUCACAAUGCCUGCCUUCUUUAGCUGCUGCCCCUCUCAUCAACAUUAAGCUGCAUGAAAAGCUUAUGAUGUGGGGCUUGAUGAACCCGACAAUGGCUAGAGCUAUGAAUGAAUUGUUGACUUGAACCGGUCAUGGUGUUUUGUUGUGGAGAGGGAGGGUCUUUUUGAUCAGUUCAUGCAAACCAGUUAUUUCCAGCACAUGGUGGCUUCCCCCAUUAAGGGUUCAUGAAGCCUCACUCUCCCGUCACUGUAAAAGGCAUUUUGCAAAAAUGUGAAAUCACAGAUCUUAGAACUCUGACGUGCUCCUCAUUUCUUUUUGUCUCUUAUGUCAGAUUCAAGUACACAGACAUUUUAGCAGAGAGAAAAUUUGUCUGGUUAUGUACCUACAUAGUCUGCUUUACUGAUUUCAUAUAUGCUUACAAGUGGAUGUGUUAGGAUGUAAUGUGAUAUUUCCAUAAGCUACAGGUGGGAGUGUGGGUAAGCCCCAGGUAAGACUCUUCUCACACCUGGCUGAAGUGAGAUGUUUUGUCUGUUUCCUUAGACUCCACCUUACCUGAUUAGGGGAAAAGGUUUCUGUAAAAUAGGAUGUACAUAUUCUUUUUUUAGAUUUUUUUUUUCAUUAUUGUGAUGUGAUACAGUUGCAUGUCCAUGGUGCACAAUUGUUUAAAAAACAAACAAAUGGCCAAGGAGUCGCUGUGAAUUUAUAACUAUAUACAGUAAAUAUUAACACAGUCCAUAUGAUGUCCUCUAAUAUAUAUGUCAGACUGUUCCAAAAUAAAUUAAAAUUUGCUCUCUGGAAAUGAAUUUAAGCCUACUCUAGUAUGUAAAUGCUGUUAGCAUGUUAAGAAUAAUUGUUCCAAAAUGCUUGUGAUCUUGUGAGAUGGAAAGCCUAUAAAGCUGUAGCUGAGCCUUUAUUGUAAUCCCAAUAUGAUUUAUACAGACUUAUAUUAUGGACAAAUAAAAAUA